AUGAGCAACACACCCUUCAGGCUGUUUCGAUGCAGCCCCGCGUUUCAGCGACGGCGUUUGUCAACCUCAGCUGCACGACAUCCGUCCGGAUACGACAGCACUAUUCGCAACUUGCGUCUAGACAAAAACACAAAAGUAAUUUUUCAAGGGUUUACAGGAAAAGCAGCAACUGCCAAUGCAAGAGAUACCAUUGCCUAUGGAACUAAUAUCGUAGGUGGUGUCUCGCCUGGUAAAGGCAGCUCUACACAUCUGAAUUUGCCAGUUUUUAAUACUGUUCACGAGGCUAUGAGAGUUGUCAAGCCUCAUGUUAGUGCUGUUUUUGUCCCUGCGCAAUUUGCAGCGAAAGCAAUCAUAGAAUCCAUAGAAGCCGAAGUUCCACUCGUCGUCUCAGUAGCGGAACAUAUUCCAGUACAUGACAUGUUACGGGUUCAUGAGAUACUUCGCACUCAGAGUAAGACUCGCUUAGUAGGUCCAAACUGCCCUGGAAUCAUUGCUCCAGAACAGUGCCGAGUUGGCAUCAUGCCAUAUAAGCAGUACAAAAAGGGCAGUAUAGGUAUUGUCUCCAAAUCUGGGACCUUAAGCUAUGAGGCUGUUGGUGCGACAACAUCAGCAGGAUUGGGGCAGAGCAUCGUGCUAGGGAUGGGAGGAGACUUGCUACCAGGAACUACGCUGGCUGAUGGCCUCAGUUUAUUUUUCGAAGACGAAGAGACGAAGGGCAUCAUAGUCAUUGGAGAGAUUGGCGGGGAAGCAGAGCUCAGAGCAGCAGACUUAAUCCGAGAAUAUCGCAAGUCAAAUCGUCGUCCGAAACCGAUCGUGGCAAUGGUUGCCGGACGGACAGCUCCGCAUGGAAGGACAAUGGGCCAUGCGGGAGCAGUGCUCACGUCCAGGGAUGUGCCUGCAGAGAUCAAGGCGAGAGCACUUGGAGACGCCGGGGCAGUCAUUGUACCGCAUCCAGGAGUAAUGGGAGAGGCUAUGAAGAGACUUCUUGAGACAUAA